AUUCAAGUCCACGCAGCCUAGCUCCUCGUGCACCGAAGAUUCAGCAUGCAAAAAGAAUAGACAUUGUUAACCAUAAAGAUUCUUCAAUCAGGGAAAUUGAUUUCUUCCAGAGCACAGAUUUAUGAUCUACAGGUUUUUACUGGCCUCAGUGCUCUUUUAUGACUCCACCCUCUCACAGACCUCCAAAAUGAGCGACAGCUACAAGCCCGUCGAUGCAUUCGACUCGAUGACAGAGAGCACCUUUAUCAUCAAGCCGUCCGCACAAAAGAAGGCCGCAGCCAGGCGGCAGAGCAUCAAGCGCAUUACGGACAACAGCGGCUUCGUGCCUUUGCUGCAGGGCGACGAAAGCGUCGAGUCAGUGGAGCUCCGGCGGACGCUAUUCGAAGCGACAUGGCCGCCGCUCGAAAAGCUCAUAAUCGACACCGAGGAGGCAGCCAACAACGUGGCUAUUGCCGAAAUGUGCGCAUUCGCCAGCAGUGCAUACAAGAAAAUCGAGACGGACGAGAAGGGCCGGCUUGAUCCGCCAACCACAGAACUGGCAACGGCAGUGGCCUUUGCGGGCGUCAACACCGGCGACCACAGCAAGCUGUUUGCGAUGCUGCGGACACGGCUACAAGCAGCGGGCCAUCAUGCUGUGCUCCUCGAGUCGCAGUACUGCACGACACUGCCCAAUAUGCUGCGUGCGCUGCUGGACCAGGUAUUCUGUGGCAGCAGUGCUGGCGGCAAGUCGGAGGAAAGCACGGCUGCGACGGGCACACGGGCAGUCAACUACGACGCUGGCUUGCUGGCUCUGUGGUGGAACGAGGAGAGGCAGGCAGGACGAGUCUCUGAGGACACACGGAUGGUAGGUGAUUCUGCAGGACUUUGAGGGAUUCCCACCGCUGGUGGUUGACGACUUUAUCCGCAUCGCCACCGGAUAUUGUCAGCAGGUGCCGAUAGUGCUCGUGUUGGGCCUGGCCACGUCCUAUGAGAGCCUGCACCAGUCGCUGACAAAAUCAAGCAUUUCGAUGCUCAACGUCGAGCGGUUCAAUCUGCAGCGGUCGAAAGAGUGCAUUGACGCAGUGGUUACAGGAAAUGUU